AUGUUGAAAGACGCCUCACAGCAGGAGACCAUGGACAGUGUAGACACUGUGGAGAGUGUCGAUACUGGGGAUCAGCUCUUGCCCUCCUCCACUUCUGAUGCUGGGACACAGUGUGAUUUGAAGCCCCCCCAAUGGUCUCACGCUGUGCAGGUUAACCUGAAGCCCAAGAUGGUCAGCGUGGGCACACAGACGUCUUUCAGCCCACAAACCUCCACUCCCCUUGCUAGUCCUGAACAGACAGAUGAUGAUGAUGAUGAUGAUGAUAAUGCCUCUGUCAUCAGUGACUUAUCGUGGGUGCCUGAAGAGCCGAUGCAUGAGGAGGAUGAGGAGGAAGUAUAUGAUGAGGAGCCACCUUACACGUGUGACCCUCACCACAAUGGCAUUGACAAAUUCAUUGUUUGCCAAGAGGAGCUGAUGGGGCUUUUUGCCAUCUGUCCGGCCUGUUGUGAGAGGUCGGACAGUAGCAUCGUGCAGCAGGAAGGAACUUUUGUUAAGAUCAAGCAGGUCUGUGCAUCAUGUGGCUACCACCGUUUCUGGCAAAACCAGCCAAUGCUCCACAGGAACAUGCCGACCUGCAACCUCCUGUUAAGUGGGGCCCAAACAUUAAGAAUGUUGACCCUGUUUGGCCUGCAGUGCAUCAGUGCAAGCAGUUUCUUUCGACAUCAGCGCCACUAUACCAUCCCUGUAAUCGUUCAGGCCUGGCAGAACGAUCAAGCCAAGAUUUUUAGUGAUCUACGGGCAAUGGAUGGCGGGCUAGUUCUUGCUGGUGACUGCAGGUCAGAUUCUCCUGGGCACUGCGCGAAGUAUGGGUCAUACUCUCUGAUAGAGGACAGAGUGAACAAGGUGGUGGAUGUUCAGCUUGUUCAGAGCUCAGAGGUCCCUAACAGCUCAUGGUGUGAGCUUGAAGGGCUCAAGCGCAGUGUUGGCCUGCUGAGGGGAAAGGACCUGCAUUUGGCAACGCUGAUCACCGACCGACAUCGCCAGGUUGCCAAAUGGGUGAGAGAGGAGCUGAGUCCUGAAGGGACACGCCAUUACUUUGAUGUGUGGCACAUUGCCAAAAGUCUGGGGAAGGCAUUGGAUGCAGCUUCAAAAGAGUGUGACCAACUACGAUUGUGGAGGCCAGCUAUAGUGAAUCAUCUCUACUGGACUGCAGCCUCAACCCCAGAUGGCAACCCAGCGGUCAUGGAGGCCAAAUGGAGAAGUUUAGUCAACCACAUCCAGGACAUCCAUGACCAUGACACCCCUGCCUUCUCCAGUUGUGCCCAUGGCACUCUAGACGGGGAUCAGCGCAACAAAGAGUGGCUGGAGCCAGGCUCAUUGGCAGCAGUAAAGUUGGAGAACAUAAUCAUGAGGACAGCCUUACAGAAAGAUGUUCGACAGCUGUCUCCACAGCACCAGACCUUCUCCCUUGAGGCUUACCACUCCCUUAUCUUGCACUUUGCGCCCAAGCACACAGGGUUUUCAUACCUUGGGAUGUAUAGCAGGCUUCUCUUAGCGGCGCUGCAUUACAAUCACAAUGAGUGA